AGUGACGUCAUGGACCGAUGGAGGCGCUGACUAAGCCCCUUUGCGGGGAUUCUGCCGGGCGGUGAGAGGUUUAGUCAGCCAGUUACCGCAGCAACCGGCGGGUGUAAACAAAACAAACAAGCCCCAGCCACCGCAAAAACCACUCCGCCCUUUUGGAUGCGAAACGGGAUGGACUGUGAGUGAUCUCCAACCUCAUCUUUUCCCAUUGCUCCAGCCACCACGAAUAUUACGAUUGGUCUGGUUAGUUUCCCUUUUCUUUAAUCCUUCUAUCCGUCCGUGUUUCCUCUUAGGCGAAUGGGGGUGGGAAGUCUCUCUCUCUCUCUCUCUCUCUUCCUUUCUUUUUCUUUCCUUCCGCAUACGCUGUACUCCGUACUCCUAUCCCAAGUAUAGUACAUCCUGACUUGACGACCGACGCCGCCGAAGAAAUAGAAGACGAAAACUCUAAACUUGGAUUGGGGAUAUCUUUCUUAAAUACAAAAUCCACUCGUUUGUUUCAAUGAGAUAAGGGGAUAUUCGCUCCCCCCCCCCUCUCUCUCUCUCUCUUUAUCUUCCCCUCUAUCUCCUCCAUACAUCAUACAUACAUAUCCACCUUCUCCCCCAUCUUCUCCGCUUACCCUCCUACGACCCACCACAUCUCCAUACAUAUACAUCUAUACACCAUCCCAUCCCUAGACUCUGCUCUCUGCUCUCUGCGCUUUGCCGUGCUACCCUGUCUAACAAACAUAUUUCAUCCCAAAGGGCUACAAGAAGCAAACAACUACCCCUACUCACCCAUCCUUAUCCUCUCUGACCUAUUUACGGGGAGCACUACACCCUUCCUAGCACAAGCAAGAGAUAAACCACUCUCUUUCGACAAUCGUUCCGCAAGCUAUAGACUGCCACUUUCGGGUUCUCUUAAGUAAGAAGUGGGAAGGCUGAUUUGCAAAAUAAGUUCUGUUCUGUGCACAAACGUAACAGAGUGGUGUGAUUGUCGCAUCAGAUAUCUCGAUCCGAGAGCAGAUAAGCCAUAUCCUUAUCCUUUACAUACACCCCUGUUGUUCUGUUGGAGAACCGAUCGAGUGCGUAUCCUCCAGGGUCUGCGCCACAGAGAAGAAACGGGGAGCGCGCUGUCGCUCAGGACUUGUGCUUGGGACCGCACAUCCAAACAGGGUUAUAAGCCAAAGGGAAAGCGAAAAACAUCUCGAGGGAAACGAGAGACUAUUAGAACCCAUUCCGCUGAAGGCGGUUGGGUCUUUUUUUCCCUUUGUCUCUGUGUUGUGUCCUGCGAACGUUGAGGUGAGGACUGAAGCUAGGCUAUAUACCGCCAUAGCCAACUCCCGCCGGCAACUGGAACCUAGGCUAGGGCAAAAAAGAGACCGGCGCCAAGAUGCCGGAGUUAAAAUUUACCCAGUGGUUCCUCCAAUUCCUACCUCUUAUCGGUUACCACCAUGUCCUCAUGGUAUUCAUUGGCAUUGCUAUAAUAUUACUAUCCCUCCUCCUGGCCGGCUGCUCCUCCUCCUCCCCGGAAAUUCCCACAAUCUUCCUAAUAUCCCUCUUCUACGAAAAAUAUGAGCCAGUCAUUGAUCCCGCCAUCGUCGCGCCAUCCAUCAACAUCGCCAUGAACAACAUCGUCGGCGGCGCACAGGUCGAGGUGCGUGUGGGCUACUUUGGCAUCUGCGUCCAACCCACCGGCGGCGCGUUCAUCUGUAACUCAAACGCCACCGCGCUGGCGGAUAUCUUACAGUCCGAGGAAGAUCCGUUGAAUCUAGUGUGGGUUGCGGCGACGUUUAAGGACGCGGUUGUUUUUCCGUAUUUGAUAAUCGUCGCCAUAAUUCUCGCCUUCUUCUGCUUCCUCCUCCUCGCCACCUUCCCCUCUUGGCACAACGAGGUGGGCGAAAACGGCGAAGACCUCGAGGUGAAGCAGUUUCCCUCCCGGCCCGUCUCGCAGGCGAGUCUAGCGCUGAUUUUCGUUUCGGCGGUAUUUAUCCUCGUAUCCGUGCUGUGGCAGCAUACAGCGUCUGUGGCGGCCAGUACGAUCGCGCAGGAUUUGGGGAAUGGGGUUGUGAGGAGCGGGGUGGGGACGUCGGCGAUGAUACUGGGUUGGUUUGCGUUUGCGUUUCUUGUUAUUGUUACGAUUGGUUUGUUGGCGAUGAUUUUGAGUAUUAGUUUGUUGACGAGUUUGACGGAUGGCUGAUAUAUUUUUUAUUUGUUUAUUGGGGUUUGGGUUUUCUUUUUUGUCAUUUUCUGUUUUAGAUUUAUUGGCGGAUUUUGUACUUUUCUUGUCAUUUGUUUUACCUUUUCUUUUCUUUUCUUUUUUUUUUUUUUUUGAAAAGGGGCAACGUUGGUUGGGUCGAUGAUGUGAUGAAUACAAUGAUGGGAAUGAUUUAUGGAACGGGAAUAAUGGGCAUGAACAACAUGGAAUAUGGAAUGGAAAGCCAUUUAUCUACCUGUCUUUGAACUGAAUUGAUAAAUGAAAAGAGCUGGGAAACGUCCGAAAUUUUUUUUUUAACUGCUUAUCAGAUGCCGUGUAAAAUAUGUGUGAUUAACCACCUGUACAAAACAAUUUUUUGUAUGUAACAUUUGGCCCCUUUUUCUCCCGGCGGGCCCCUUUUUUUAACUUGACUGUAGUUCUUUAAGACUCUACGACUUUGGUGCCCGCCA